UCCUCCGCCAGGCCCGUCUCACGUCCCAGGGCGGAGCCCGGGGGGACCCCGCCAGCCGCAGCUGCCCCCCCAGGGAAACUGGGGGAGCAGCCACGAGCCCCCAGAGCGGCACGGGACAGCGCCGACCGGGGAGCUGUGAGGCAGCCCCGUCCGGGGCUGGGGGGAAGGAGGCUGGGGCGCAGCAAGCCACUUCCCUCGGGCUGCCAGGCGAGGAGGCGGCGUCUGCAGGUAUGAACCACUGUGUCCUGUAAGAUUUAUUUUGCUGGCUCUUAUCCUUGAAGAAUGGCUGCCAUGUCUUGUGCAAAUUGUUCCCUUCAAUACUACAGCCAACUCAAUCAACCUCUUGAAGCUAGCUGUAUGCUGCUCCUGAUUAUGCUUGGAAAAGUGUCGCUCAAUCUCUUCAUGUUGCGAGUUAGAAGACUGGAUGUAAAACAAAGUUUUAUGGGAUAUUUCUGUAUUUCACUGGCACUCCUUGAUUUCACACUUCUGGUGAAUAUAGCUUUCAUCUCCUAUUUUGAGGACUUUGCACUUUGGGGUGUGAGAUUUACCAAGUACCACAUUUGUCUAUUCACUCAGAUAAUUUCCCUUAUGUAUGGUGUCUUGCAUUACCCAGUUUGUCUUGUGUCUGUUCUGGAUUAUUACAUGACUAUAGCUCAAACCCCUAAACCUGUUAGCAUAGGUCAAAGACUACUUUAUAUACUUGCUGUGGUUUUCAUAUGGAUUUCAGUCCUCUUUUAUAUUCUGAAAGUUCCAGCUGUCUCUGCAGAAUUAGAAAUACAGAACCACUUUUUUACAUGCCCUUUCUAUAUCAGUGUUCAGAGCUACUGGCUGUCAUUAACCAUCCUGUUUGUUAUAGGCGUGGCUCUUGUGAUUUGUUGGUCAGAAGUUAUAACUAUGGUGCGGUCCGUCCGGAUUAUUUCCUUUACAAGUGUGACUGUUUUAAUCUUUUCAUAUGCAUCUGACUGCGAUUGCACUGUCUGUAAAAAGCAGCUUUUGACAAGACUCCUCAUCUGCUUUCUUGGCACCUGGACACCUUUUGUUUUCCUUCAGAUGAUCAUCUUGUUGCUUGGUGCUCAGAUUCCAGCCUACAUGGAGAUGAAUGUCCCCUGGCUAUACUUCAUAAACAGCUUUCUAAUCGCAACAGCAUACUGGUUUAGGUGUCAUGACAUUCAAUUGACAGAGGGGAUGUGGUCUGCAGAUCCAUUUGUCAGCUGGAAAUUCUGCUUCAUCCCAUUUAACAAUCAAAAUACAGAGCAAGCUGAAAAGCCAGGCACAGUAAUCAUCUGUUAAUGAACUGCUGUGUGAAAAGAAUACAAAUAAGUGCUGUGCAUCAGAGGUGUCUGACUAUGCUAUUUUGAUGUCCUCUGUGAACACAUGUAAAUAGAUUAUACAAGGAAAUUCCUCAAACUACAAUAUGAAGAAAAAUUCACCAAAAUUCUCCAAUGUAUAAUGGAAUAUUGCACUAUAAUGUGGAAUGCUGCACUGUUUUCCAAGCUACACUUCACAUAAAAAUGAGUGCUUAAUGCACAAAAUAUUUUAAUGGAAUGUGUUAUAUUUUCAAAAUAUAGUUGAAAAUAGGUAAAUAAAAAUGUCCAAUACUUCUGCAAAAAACUGCCUGAUUUUAACAUUAAAUGCUAAUAAACAAAGUUGAGAUUGUUUAAAAUAAAGCAGGUCUGAUGCAUGAACUUCCAUAUAAAGAAAAGAGAGGAGUAAAAUCUUUAGCUAAACUUGAGACUUCUACAGCUAUGGACAAGUAUUAUUUAUUGUCAAAUGUUUUAGCUUUAAACACCUCCUUUAUAAUUUAUCAGUUCUAAAAAAGUUUUACUAUUUCCUAUUAAAAACUGAAGUUUCCCUCUCUGCUUAAGGAAAAAGAAACUGUCUAAAAGGAAUGUUUAAAACUGUCCACAAAAAAGGAAAGGUGGGUGAGGUAAUAUCUUUUAUUGGACCAACUUCUGUUGGUGAGAGACAAGCUUUCGACCCACACAGACCUGAAGAAGAGCUCUGUGUGGCUCAAAAGCUUGUCUCUUUCACCAAUAGAAGAUAUAUUUUAUUGGACUAUUAUCUCGCCCACCUUGUCUCUCUAAUAUCCUGGGACUGACACGGCUACAACUACACUGCAUACACAAAAAAAGAAAGACCAAUAAGACGCACAAUUACCAGGGUGACAUUAAGUGUGACUGUUUAAACUUUUUGUAAGCACUAAAUGUAACUUAUACAUUCACAACAUACAAUUUGCACUGUAGAAACAAGUGUUAUUUAUUUGUGUUACUUUCAUUUCAGUCUUUACAUUCUAAGUGUUUAGCAUUGCAGUAACUUUACCAGUAACUUUAGCAUUGCAGUAACUUUACCAGUAACAUCAGAAUGCAGUGGCUUUCCUUAGUGUGCAAAUAAAUAUAAAAAUUUACUUUAA